CGGCGGGAGGCGCGGCCCGGCGCGGCCUGGCCGCCAAUGGGCGCGGCGGGGCGGGCACGGCCGCGGUGGGGAUAAGAGGGGCCGCGGAGACCGGGCGUCGUCGGGUCGGGCAGUCGGUAGAGUAGUGGACAUUGUUGAACAAGAUCUACCAGCAUGAACCCGUUCCUGACCGCGCUCGGCCUCUGCUUGGGCCUGGCUCUCGGUGCGCCGAGGCUGGACCCCGAUCUGGACGGGCACUGGCAGCUGUGGAAGUCGUGGCACAACAAGGACUACCACGAGAGAGAGGAAGGCUGGAGGAGAGUGGUGUGGGAGAAGAAUCUGAAAAUGAUUGAACUCCAUAAUCUGGAUCACACAUUAGGAAAACACAGCUACAAGCUGGGAAUGAAUCAGUUUGGUGACAUGACAACUGAGGAGUUCAGACAGCUGAUGAAUGGUUAUAUACACAAGAAGACAGAAAAAAGGUACAGAGGAUCCCUGUUUCUUGAGCCCAACUUCCUUGAAGUACCACGAUCAGUAGACUGGCGAGAGAAGGGAUAUGUAACUCCAGUUAAAGACCAGGGUCAGUGUGGCUCUUGCUGGGCUUUCAGCACAACAGGAGCUCUUGAAGGGCAGCACUUCAGAAAAACUGGCAAACUUGUUUCACUGAGCGAGCAGAAUCUGGUGGACUGUUCUCGCCCUGAAGGGAAUCAAGGCUGCAAUGGUGGUCUCAUGGACCAGGCUUUCCAGUAUGUGCAGGAUAAUGGGGGCAUUGAUUCUGAGGAAUCGUACCCAUACACUGCAAAGGAUGAUGAAGACUGUCGCUACAAGGCAGAAUACAAUGCUGCUAAUGACACUGGCUUUGUUGACAUCCCUCAAGGACACGAAAGAGCUCUCAUGAAAGCAGUUGCAGCUGUGGGUCCAGUGUCUGUUGCUAUUGAUGCAGGCCAUACUUCAUUCCAGUUCUAUCAGUCAGGUAUCUACUAUGAACCAGAUUGCAGCAGUGAAGACUUGGACCAUGGUGUUCUGGUUGUAGGUUAUGGCUUUGAGGGGGAAGAUGUAGAUGGGAAGAAAUACUGGAUUGUUAAGAACAGGUAAGAUCUGUCUGUCAUGUACCCAGGAGAGAAGGGGAAGGUAGUUUGUCACGUGUAGUCUCCCUACUUCCCCCCCUUACAACAGUUAAAAUCUAUGUGUGGGAAAUCUGGAGACUGUUUUCAGAUUGUAUUCCAUAACAAAGGUUAAAUCCAACUCGUGCUGAUGGCAGCCUAAUAAAGUAAGCCCAAAGCAGCAAAUUCAGUCUUCUGCUUUUUCAGUUAACUCUACUCAGUUCUGAAACAACCUGUGCAGCUUGUAGAUAUUAAAGGAGUGGGGCAGAGGGGAGCAGGAGGAAACCAUGUUGUGGGGGUGUAAUGGAUUUUUUUUUUUUUUUAAAGCAGAAUGCUUUUUACUUGUCUGAAAUAAUAGGGCAACACCUGAACUUGAUUACCUCCUAAGUUGGGUAAAACAAUAAAGUAAUGCCAAAGGGCACAUCACAUGAGCUUGUCUCUUUCUCAGCAUUACUGGGGCACACCCUCAAAUGUUGCUUGCAGUCUGACUUCCCUUAAAGUUGGCUGGGAGCAGUGACUGAGCUUCAGGUACCUGUAAGCAAAAUUUGUACGUCAGUGUGACUACCUAGAGAGAGGAUGGCUGCAUCCUUAAUUUCUGUGAGCUUGAGGUGCCUCUUCUCUGACAUGCAUUUAAUUGCUGGAAAGCACUUUAGGUUUUGGCUGCAGCUAUCUGGAUUUUUCUCCACAAGUGUGGAAGGCAGCAGUUUUCAGCUUAAACACUGGAACAGUAAAUAAGUAUCUUCUGAAUAU